AUGAUACCGAUUACAACGGCCGUAUUGGCGUGGCUUGCUGGUGUAGCCUCUGCAUCACAGCCUAAGCCCCACGACGCUGGUGAAUUUAACUGGAAAUCCAUCUCUCCAUCACGAGACUUGCACUUUUCUAGCUGCUAUGAUGAAUUCCAAUGCGCCCGUCUUAUUGUACCCGUCGACUGGCUGGACGAGGAUGAAGCUGUCCGCCACAAAACCAUGGCCAUUGCCAUCAUCAAACUAGCUGCCAACAUCACCAGCCCAGAACAAACACACGGCGGCACCAUGAUAAUUAACCCUGGUGGACCAAGCGAUUCCGGUAUUGUCGAGCUUCUGCGUAACGGACACUAUCUCCAAGAUAUGAUUGACAGCGAUCAUAAGCGCUUCGAGGUCAUGUCCUUUGACCCGCGUGGUAUGGCCUUUAGCACGCCUCGGGGAGAUUGCUUCCAGUCCGAAGCCGCCCGCGCUCUGUACGACUCACAGAUGCUAGGUACAGACUAUGGAGGUGUCAAGGAUCUUUCAGACAAGGCACUCACCAAAGAAUUCGCUUUGGAGCGUGCUCUUGGCCUUCAGUGCUCCCUUCCAGGAGCCCACGGCUACGUGGUGCAAGCCUACAUGUCUACCGCAUCCGUGGCAAGAGACAUAUUACACAUGGUAGACAAGCUUGACGAGCUCGAAAAGAAGACUACUACAACAGCUACGGCCCCUAAAGGUGCUCAAGAGCCUCUUGGGACUGGCAGCAGCAUGCCUCGCCUCCAAUAUCUUGGCACUUCGUACGGCACCUUUCUUGGAAACACGUUUGCGUCCAUGUUCCCUGGACGUGUCAAGCGCAUGAUUCUGGACGGAAACAUUGUGCCAGAGGAUUGGCUUGUCAAUGAUUGGUCAUACAACAUCCCAGAUGCCGGCACUGUCAUCGACUAUUUUUACCAGUCGUGCUUCAACGCAAAGUCAAAGUGCGCUAUUUGGAGCAAGGACGACAAAUCAUGGCGCGAUAUCAAGGUCAAAAUCACAGACCUUCGAAAUCGCCUUGACGCCGAGCCCCUCCCAAUCUAUGGCAAAUACACUACACCAACGAUCCUGGUGGGCAACCACGUCGCCGCAGCUCUGAUGGAUCCUAUAUAUGUGCCACUUGGUCGUCAUGAAAAGAUUGCGGGGGUUUUGGCCGAAGCCUUACAAGGAAAUUACACGGCGUUGGCCACGACAUUAGGACUGGGCUUGGACGUCUCGGACGCUUGUGAGCCAGUGCCCGACGCAGCGUAUCCGUGGAUGGGGCUCACCAACCGCGCCGUCAACUGUGGUGACAAGAAUGACCAGCGUAAUAUGACAUUUGAUGAGUGGCGCGUGCUUUGGCAACGUGUCCAUGAUACCAACGAAGACUUGGGAAACAUGUCACCCGAGUGCAUAGUAUGGCCUAUCCGCCCGCCGUUCCGCUUCACUGGGCCGUUUGGAACACCGGAGGCAGACGCCAAUGAUGUUGAGGGCAGACCGUCUGCGCCGGUUCUCUUUCUGACUAAUAGAUAUGACCCUGUCACACCUAUGAGAAGUGCCAUCAGCGCAUCCAAAGCGCAUGCUGGUUCUCAGGUGGUCGUCCAAAACUCAGUUGGGCACUGUGCCACACUAGCAUCACCCAGUAGAUGCACCGCCAAGAUUGUCAGACGAUACAUGGAUACCGGCGAGAUGCCUGCCGAAGGAACCGUUUGUGACGGCGACUGUAUUCCCUUUGAAGACUGUCCUUAUCCCAAGGCAGACCUCCCACGCUAAAUCAGCACAGUGACAAUGUAUAUGUUCUACGCCAUUCACGAAUUACGCCGUUCGGGGAUGAGGCCUUCACUGAAUAGCGUACGCCGUUCACUGAAUGGCGUACGCCAUCCAAGGAAGGCGGUGUAGAAGAGGGGCUUCCGAG